GAACUAGUUUUUCAUUCAGGUGGCAGUUUUCUGAAGGUGUUCAUUGAAACUUUCCAGCAUUCAUGCAGAAAAUAUAGGUGAGGCUGCGCACUGGGGCCCAGGGAGCAUGACAACCCUGGACGGCAGACACGCCUGCAGACAGCACUGCCAACCACCGCUGGCAGAGGAGAGCAGAUCCAGGCUGGGAGACUGACGCCGAGGCUGACCCAGACUUCCUCCUGAGCCUCCCCCUUCCUUGAAACUGUUCACUCCACGGACGCCUGCCUCUUCUUCUCUGCCUUGCACAUCGAUCAAUAUGUGUCAUGUCAUUGUCACCUGUCGCUCCAUGCUCUGGACCCUCUUGAGCAUCGUGGUGGCUUUUGCAGAGCUCAUCGCCUUCAUGAGUGCAGACUGGCUCGUCGGGAAAGCUAAGACGCGUGGCCACACCGAGCCCGACCAGCCCAGCGCGGGCCCCUCGGAGCCCUACCACCCCACCCUGGGCAUCUAUGCCCGCUGCAUUCGCAAUCCUGGGAUGCAACACUUCCAGCGGGAGACGCUCUGCGGGCCCUAUGCCGAGAGCUUUGGCGAGAUUGCCAGCGGCUUCUGGCAAGCCACCGCGAUCUUCUUGGCCGUCGGCAUCUUCAUCCUCUGUACUGUGGCCUUGGUGUCCGUCUUCACCAUGUGUGUGCAGAGCAUCAUGAAGAAAAGCAUCUUCAACGUCUGCGGGCUGUUGCAAGGAAUCGCAGGUCUAUUCCUUAUCCUCGGCCUGAUCCUCUACCCUGCUGGCUGGGGCUGCCAAAAGGCCAUAAGCUACUGCGGACACUAUGCUUCAGCUUACAAGCCUGGAGACUGCUCUCUGGGCUGGGCCUUUUACACUGCCAUCGGGGGCACGGUCCUCACCUUCAUCUGUGCUGUCUUCUCUGCCCAAGCGGAAAUUGCCACUUCGAGUGAUAAAGUCCAGGAAGAGAUUGAAGAGGGGAAAAACCUCAUCUGCCUCCUUUAGUUUGGAAGAGAUGGCUGUCCCUCUUCCUGUGUAACCUUGUGAAUCAGUCCACCUCUGGAUUCUUCAUUUGCAUUGAGUGGAAAACUAGCCUGUCCCUACCAAAGCCACAGGACUAAGCCCUGAGCCUUAAUAGGACCACUGAGAGGCAGCCUGCCCAGCUCGGCAGUGCAAAUGAUGGAAGCUGGAAAAGAGGACAUUAAAUUAAACCCUGCCAUGUGCUCAGUGUCAGCUCGCCCAAUGGAGGAGGAGAAGCUUUUCUGCUAAUAGACUGCUGUGAGUGCCUCGUGGAAUCUCAUCCAGCAAGACAACACACAAGACACAGCCUCCUGCUUCAUUGAAAAGGGUCAGCAGGGAUACUGGAGGAAAACUUCAUAGCUGGACACAUUGGAUCAGUCCCUCAAGAUGGAUAACAGAACAGUUAUCCCAGAGUUGUGAAAUGCGAAUCAAGAAGAAAGAUAAACCUAUAGAACAAGUCCCAAUACAGAAUCCUGCUUGCUGACAGCAAAGUCUUUCUACCUAGCAGCAGCCAAGCUCAACAUGGACUCCUUCCCAGGGAGGUGCCAUGUCCUUUUCUCCAAGGGUAAGGCUACACUCAUGGUCAGAGGAUGCUUCACCUUGUUUCCAUAGACAGAGGCCACCAGGCCAGUGGUGACUCAAAUGUUCACUGGGAGAACCUGCAAGAAUCUGAGCACUCCUGGGGAGAGCUUUUCCCACUGUUUGAUUACAGGAGUCAGCUAUAUUUCCAACCCCCUUACUAAUAGAAGUUUCCUUUGCACGGAAAAGACUGACUCAUGGGCGUUGCAAUUUUCUUGUUACUGCUGCUGAAUCUACAAGCAGACUCAAGUAACAUUAAAUUGCUGUAACAAUUGUGAGUUGCAUUAAAAACUUUGUGCCCAGGGAAGCACAGUAGAAUAACGGGAAACAAAGCUAGACCUACAGAGCUACAAGCUUGUAGCACCUGCCAAAUCUGUUUACAAAAGGAAUGAAACACCACUAUUAAAAAUGCAAGGGCUUUUAAUGCAGUUUCCAUAAAUUACCAAUAUUAUUGAUUAGCCAUCACCUCAAGUUUACUUGAGAGUGAUCAAAGUGGCCAGAAAGAAAACAAUCUGAGCUUUCAGAAUUCCAGACCAGAGACAGAAACAAACACUCCAUAGAAACAAGUUCUGAAAGGACUAAGGCUACAGGUUACCAGCAGUUACACUUUGUACCUUUUUUGAGCAGGUUUUAUGCUAUGGCCUUUUCCAAUUGCUGUCUACUUAAAACUGUAUUAGUAUAAAAUUAUGCCUAAGAGCAAAGUAACUGCCAGAGAGGUUGGAUAUAACUGUAACUGGAUCCAUUCUGGCCUUUGCCCUCUAUCUGAAACAUCUGCUCUCAGGUGCUUGAGGCAGGAGAGUGGGGUCCGGCCUUAAUAAGUUUAUCAUACUUGGACCAAAUUCAGAAAAUGCCAUGAUAGGAUUGGAGCAAUAGUACAGUGAGUAGGGUGUGCCCAAAACAAACGAAAAAAUAAAAUGCCAUGGUAAAGGCUGUGACUAUUUGGGGGAAGCAGGUUUUCUAAAAGGACAAGAAAAAGGCCCAGGAGAAACAGUGACCCUGCCUCUGAUCUCAGACAGAACCAGCACAACAGCCACUGCUGGGUUCCUAUUUCUGAAUUACUAUGUUUGAACAAGUAAUUCUUUAAAAUAACAUAGUAAUAGUACAGUGGGUAGGGCUCUUGCCUUGCAUGUGACUGACUCAGAUUUGAUCCCUGGCACCCCAUAUAGUCUCCAGAUCAGAGCCAGGAGUAUCUCUGGGUAUAGUCAAAAUCAAACCAAAAAGAAAAAUAAUGAAAAAAAAUUCUCAUUAAAAAUAUUGGAAGAUUUAUUUUAAGAGAACAUAUCUUAUAUUAAUUUUACAUUCUCAGUCUUAACAGACAAGUCCUAGGCCCAGAGGAUCCUCUGAGCAAAUCCACAGCCUUUACCAGCUCACUGUGGUUUAGCUAAAGUGCUGGUGUGUCUCUAGAUCAUCUCACUAAGUCAAAAGUGAAAAACAUGACCUCUCAUGGCCAGGAUUCAUUUAAGUUUACUUUCUCUUUGUUUGCAUGUUACAGAGGACAAAAGCACAAACACCCAUACACAUCCCCCAAACCACUAAAAACUUAAACACUGAAUUAAGCAGAAAAAGAUAGGAUUUCUCCAGCAAAGACAGUAAAAUUGUAAAGUCGGAUCUUUUCAGCCUUCAGUUCAUCAGCCAGGUUUUGGCUAGGAUAGAAACAGCCCAAAUCACCCUAGUCAACACCUAAGCUGCACAGCUGUAUAAAAACCACUAAACAUGAGAAAUGCGGUAGAAAUACAUUCAAAAGAAUUAGACUGUUGCCAACCCCCUAAUUACUUCAGUCUAAGAAUCCAAGAUCAUCACUUCUACCAGGAACGUCUUAACUUAUUUUUAUCUGCAUUUGAAAGUUUCACAAGGGCAGGUUGUCUCAAUAAACUCGAAAGCAGCAGAAA